UUAUUUUGACCAAAUUAAAUGUGUUAUCUUUCGCGGCAGGUUGGACAAUUACUCAACAUGUUUAAUCUGAGCGAUUUCUUAAGUUAUUUACGCCUGCAGGCUGUGUACGAGCGUUGCUUUGUUCCGCUAUUUUGUAUGGAAGUCUAGUUUAUUUUCAGCCAAAAGUGGGCGUGAACCUGUUCAGAGACAUUCUAUAUAUUUUAUGACGUUGCGCCGGUUGUCCGUUUAGACGCAUGCGCGUUCCAGAUCGUCUCGUGGUGCAGAGUAAAUCACUAGUAACUUAUAAACAAAGUUUCAGUCAGUCACCGAGUGAGAAAUCAGAAACUAAUUGAGACUGCAGAAGCCAGAGAGAGAAAACAGGCUGACCUACACAUUUCUUCAAAGAAAGUUCACACCCAUAGAGUGAAAGUGAUUGAGAUCUUCAGUGAAGCUCCUCCUACAACAAUUCACCAAUAAAUGCUGGAGUCAAACACACAGAGAAAUCACUCCAUGUGUGACAACUGAAAUCUUCAUGACAUAAUGUUGAUGCUGGUGAAAGAGGAGCUUGAGAAGAUGACAGAUCCACAACCAUGCAGAAUAAAGGAUGAAGAUACUGAGGAACAAAUAGAUAUGAUGGAAGUGAAAGAGGAGAGUCAAGCUGAAGUGGAUGAGAAACAUCAGAUUGUAAAUAUAAACCAUAAUGUUUCACAGAAAGAAACUCUGAAGACAGAAGACAUAAAGUGUGAAAAUAGUUUUAGUGAAGAUGAACGCCCUGAAGAUCACAAGAGGACUCACAGUGAGGAGAAACUUUUCACUGGUCAACAGUGUGGAAAGAGUUUUAGAAGAAAAGGUCACCUUAAAGAACACAUGAGGAUUCACACCAGAGAGAAACGACACGCGUGCCAUCACUGUGAAAAGAGUUUUUCAACUGCAGUUAACCUUAAGAUACACAUAAGGACUCACACUGGAGAGAAACCUUACACUUGUCAACAAUGUGGAAAGAAUUUCUCUGUUGAAAGUAACCUUAAGAUACAUACAAGGAUUCACACUGGAGAGAAACCGUUCACAUGCCAUGAGUGUGAAAAGCGUUUCAGAACUAAAUGUAGCCUUAUAACACACAUGAGAAUUCACAAAGGAGAGAAACCUCACAUUUGUUUUCAUUGUGGAAGGGGUUACAGUGAUAAACGUGGACUUGAGACUCACAUGAGAAUUCACACUGGAGAGAAACCCUUCAACUGUGAUCUGUGUGGAAAGAAUUUCACAUUUCAAUCGAGCCUUAGCCGGCACAAGAAAAUUCACAGGGGGGAAGUGUUAUAUGCAUGCCGGCAUUGUGAAAAGAGUUUCCCAGAUAAAAGUAACCUUAAGAUACACAUUAGGUCUCACACUGGAGAGAAACCUUACACUUGUCUUCAGUGUGGAAAGAGUUUCAGAACAAAAUCUAUCCUUGAAGCACACAUGAGGAUUCACACCGGAAUGAAACCACAUCCGUGCCAUCAUUGUGAAAAGAGUUUCAGAGAUAAAAGUCAACUUGAGAUACACAUUAGGGUUCACACUGGAGAGAUGCCAUUCACAUGUCGUCUGUGUGGAAAGAGUUUCAAAUUUCAAUCGAGCCUUAGCCGGCACAAGAAAGCUCACAGGGGGGAUAUGCCAUAUGCAUGCCAGCAUUGUGACAAGAGUUUCGCAGAUACAAGUGAACUUAAGAUACACAUUAGAGUUCACACUGUAGAGAAACCUUACACUUGUCAUCUGUGUGGAAAGAGUUUCAUAACAAAAGUUAACCUUAAAGCACACAUGAGAGUUCACACUGAAAAUAAAAAACACACAUGCCAUUACUGUGAAAAGAGUUUUACAGCUGCAGGUAACCUUAGGAUACACAUGAGGACUCACACUGGAGAGAAACCUUACACUUGUCAACAGUGUGAAAAGAGUUUCUCUAUUGAAAGUAACCUUAAGAUACACACAAGAAUUCACACCAGAGAGAAACCUUACACUUGUCAUCAAUGUGGAAAGAGUUUCUCUAUUGAAAGUAACCUUAAGAUACACACAAGGAUUCACACUGGAGAGAAACCUUACACAUGCCAUGAGUGUAAAAAGAGUUUCAGAAUUAAAUGUAGCCUUAAAAGACACAUGAGAAUUCACAAAGGAGAGAAACCUCACGUGUGUUUUCAGUGUGGAAAGAGUUUCAGAGAUAAAAGUGGACUUGAGACUCACAUGAGAAUUCACACUGGAGAGAAACCUUACAGAUGUCUUCAGUGUGAAAAGAGUUUUACAACUGCAGAUAAACUUAAGAUACACAUGAGGUCUCACACUGGAGAGAAACCUUACACUUGUCAACAAUGUGGAAAGAGUUUCUCUAAUGAAAGUAACCUUAAGAAGCAUGAAAGAAUUCACGCUGGAGAUAUGGCAGUAUGCGGCUUCGGAUUCAGCCAUAGACUAAGUGAGCCUGCGCAAUUUAAGGACAUGCGACCGAAAGUCCACAAGAAGUGCGCCAUUUGGGACAAGGCCAAUGUGCGUUCUGGUCUGUACUUGUGGACUUGUGAAACGUCAUCAGUCAUGGCCCAAAUGGAAGUGAAAGAGGAGAGUCAAGCUGAAGUGGAUGAAAAACAUCAGAUUGUAAAAAUAAACCAUAAUGUUUCACACAAAGAAACUCUGAAGACAGAAGACAUAAAGUGUGAAAAUAGUUUCAGAGAAGAUGAACGCCCUGCAGAUCACAAGAGGACUCACAGUGAGGAGAAUCCUUACACAUGUCAACAGUGUGGAAAGAGUUUCACCUUUCAAUCGAACCUUAGCCGGCACAAAAAAGCUCACAAGGGGGAAAAGACACACGCGUGCCAGCAUUGUGACAAGAGUUUCUCAUAUGAAAGUCAACUUAAGGAACACAUGAUAACUCACACUGGAGAUAAACCUUACACAUGUCAACAAUGUGGAAAGAGUUUCGCCUUUCAAUCAGCCCUUACCAGGCACAAUAAAACUCACAUGAGGGAAAAACCUUACGCAUGCCAUCAUUGUGACAAGAGUUUCCAAGUUAAAGGUCAACUUAAUAUACACAUAAGAGUUCACACUGGAGAGAAUGCAAUUACGUGCCAUGAGUGUGGGAAAAGUUUCACCUUUGAAUCGAACCUAAGCCGGCACAAGAAAACUCACACUGGGGAGUCACACGCAUGCCAUCAUUGUGACAAGAGUUUCCCAGAUAAAAGUCAACUUAAGAGACACAUGAUGUCUCACACCGAAGAGAAACCUUACACUUGUCAUCUUUGUGGAAAGAGUUUUAGAGAUAAAAGUAGCCUUAAGCUUCACACAAGAAUUCACACCGGAGAGAAACCGUUCACUUGUCAUCUUUGUGGAAAGAGCUUUAGAGCUAAAAGUAAACUUAAGGAGCACACAAGAAUUCACACUGGAGAGAAACCGUUUUCAUGUCAUGAGUGUAAAAAAAGUUUUAGAAAAAAAGUUAACCUUCGAACACACAUGAAAAUUCACACAGGAGAGAAACCUCACGCAUGUCUUCAGUGUGGAAAGAGUUUCAGUACGUGGAGCAACCUUAAGUCACACAUAAUAACUCAUAGUGAAAAGAAACCUCAUACAUGUCUUCAGUGUGAAAAAAGUUUCACUAAUAAAAGUGGACUUGAGACUCACAUGAGAAGUCACACUGGAGAGAAACCUUACAUAUGCUCUCAUUGUGGAAAAAGUUUUACAAGUGAAGGCACUCUGAAGAAACACAUGAUAACUCACAGUGAAAAGAAACCUUAUGCGUGUCUUCAGUGUGAAAAAAGUUUCAGUGAUAAAUGUGGACUUGAUACUCACAUGAGAAAUCACACUGGAGAGAAACCUUACACAUGUCUUCAGUGUGAAAAGAGUUUUACAAGCAAACGGACUCUUAAGGCACACAUGACACUUCACACUGGAGAGAAACCGUUCACAUGUCAUCACUGUGGAAAGAGUUUCAGAAUGAAGUGUAACCUUAAUUCACACAUGAGACUUCACACCGGAGAGAAACCUUACACAUGUCAACCCUGUGGAAAGUGUUUUUCAAGCAAAAGCGCUCUUAAGACUCACAUGACAAUUCACACCGGAGAGAAACCGUUCACGUGUCAUCACUGUGAAAAGAGUUUCAGACUUAAGUAUGACCUUAAUGCACACAUGAGACUUCACACUGGAGUGAAACCAUUCAUGUGUCAUCACUGUGGAAAGAGUUUCAGGACAAAUGCUAAACAUAACAUACACAUGAGGAUUCACACUGGAGAGAAACAAUUCACAUGCCAUGAGUGUGGAAAGAGUUUCUCCUUUCAAACUAGCCUUAAACGGCACAUGAAAGCUCACAGCGGGGGAAAUAUGGAGUGAAUUUUGUGCCAUAAUUGCGCAAACAAAUUCAGGGUUUUUCUAGGAGACUAGUAUAAAAUGCUGAGUUUUCCCUUUGCAAAGCAGAUCGAGUUUGUUUGCAAAUUAUGGCACAAAAUUCACUCCAUAAAUGGUGCGUUUAAAGCAUGAAUGAAGCUUGCAUAAAUUGUGCUUUGCUUUCACACAUGCGCCAGUGGCGAGUUUAAAACGUGGAUAAAACGCACAUUCAUUGCUUUCACGGAUGUGCCAGUUGCACAUUCAUACUGGCCGCAUGUGUUGUGGCUGUCUGCCUGUAAAAACAGGAUAAGUAGGAUAGUUCGCUUUACUUUAUUGAACUUUGUUAAAAUUAACAACUAAGAAAGGGUCUUUAAACUUCAUUUUAUUAUUUCUUUGUUUAAAAUUACUCUACCAAAAGGUAUUUAUUGUUUUUUUCCUUAUUUGUGGUUCUUAAAAUAAAUUUUAACUGUCUAGGUGGGUCCUGCUUUGAAAACGUUUGGGAAACCUAAUGUAUAAGUUUCAAACAGCUCCAUUCAACCACAAAAUAUCCUUAUUAUUUCUUUCUGCAUUAUAUAUUCAAAGUAUUUAAAUUAUCACAGAAGUAUUGGGAUAAUAGUUUAUAGUUUACAUAUAAACAAUAAUGUUGAUGAUCUAGAGCAAACACAUUCGUACAUCCAGUAAUGAAAUGUAUUAGUGAUUCAUUGAAACUCAAAUUAAAAAAAUUGAAAUUGUUUAAUCAUUCGUUCAUUUGUCAUUAUGAUUUAACCAUUUUCACCUGUGUUCAUGUGUAUAUAUUCCCCUGUGUUUAUUCCUGUCGGUUCUCAUCUUGUGUAACUGUGUUGUUUCUUAUCGUCAUCAGUGUUAAAGAUUCUUGUGUGUUUGUAUCUUUUUGUCAUUGUCAUCUUUGUAUAGUGUGAGUUUAUGAAACCAAUAAAAACAUUUUAAAGAGUUUACAGGAUUUCAUAUUUUGUCU